CCGUCGACUCGGCGGCGGUCCCGGAUCCAGCCCGGCCGCGGCUCUUGCCGCCUUGCCCCAACCCUGCUCGGCCCCGGCCCAGCCUCAGAUCGAGGCCGCCAGCACCGCGCACCGCGGAGGAGCAGCUCGCACGCGCCCUCCACCCCCGUCCCCAUUCCCGCCCUGCCUGUAGCCUCCUCUCCCGGGCCCGCAGCUCCUCCGCGCUCCGGGGCCGGGGCCCCCGCCGCCUCCGGGCCCCCGUGCCCCGGCCCCGGUCCCCCGGGCCAUGCGGCCUCGGCCCCGCCGGCGCCCGCCGCGCAUCGGGGGAGAUGAGGCUCCGCAAUGGCACCUUCCUGACGCUGCUGCUCUUCUGCUUGUGCGCCUUCCUCUCGCUCUCCUGGUACGCAGCGCUCAGCGGCCAGAAAGGUGACGUGGUGGACAUUUACCAGCGCGAGUUCCUGGCUCUGCGAGACCGUUUGCACGCGGCUGAGCAAGAGAGCCUGAAGCGCUCCAAGGAGCUAAACCUGGUGCUGGAAGAAAUCAAGAGGGCAGUAUCCGAGAGGCAAGCGCUGCGGGACGGAGAAGGCAAUCGCACUUGGGGCCGCCUAACAGAGGAUCCGCGACUGAAGCCGUGGAACGUCUCGCACAGGCACGUACUUCAUCUGCCCACCGUCUUCCACCAUCUGCCGCACCUGCUGGCUAAGGAGAGCAGUCUGCAGCCCGCAGUGCGAGUGGGCCAGGGCCGCACCGGAGUAUCCGUGGUGAUGGGCAUUCCGAGCGUACGGCGCGAGGUGCACUCGUACUUGACUGACACAUUGCACUCGCUCAUCUCGGAGCUGAGCCCGCAGGAGAAGGAAGACUCAGUCAUCGUGGUGCUGAUCGCCGAGACUGACCCACAGUACACUUCGGCAGUGACAGAGAACAUCAAGGCCUUGUUCCCCACAGAGAUCCAUUCUGGGCUCCUGGAAGUCAUCUCCCCUUCCCCUCACUUCUACCCUGACUUCUCCCGCCUUCGAGAGUCCUUUGGGGACCCCAAGGAGAGAGUCAGGUGGAGGACCAAACAGAACCUCGAUUACUGCUUCCUCAUGAUGUAUGCACAGUCCAAAGGCAUCUACUAUGUGCAGCUGGAGGAUGACAUUGUAGCCAAGCCCAACUACUUGAGCACUAUGAAGAACUUUGCCCUCCAGCAGCCCUCCGAGGACUGGAUGAUCCUGGAGUUCUCGCAGUUGGGCUUCAUUGGGAAGAUGUUCAAGUCACUGGAUCUGAGCCUGAUUGUGGAGUUCAUCCUCAUGUUCUACCGGGACAAGCCCAUAGACUGGCUCCUGGACCACAUCCUGUGGGUGAAAGUCUGCAACCCUGAGAAGGAUGCGAAACAUUGUGAUCGGCAGAAGGCCAACCUUCGGAUCCGCUUCAAGCCGUCCCUUUUCCAGCAUGUGGGCACUCACUCAUCACUGGCGGGCAAAAUCCAGAAACUGAAGGAUAAAGACUUUGGAAAGCAUGCUCUCCGGAAGGAGCACGUGAACCCACCGGCAGAGGUGAGCACAAGCCUCAAGACGUACCAGCAUUUCACCCUGGAGAAGGCCUACUUGCGGGAGGAUUUCUUCUGGGCCUUCACACCUGCCGCAGGAGACUUUAUCCGGUUCCGCUUCUUCCAGCCACUGCGCCUUGAGCGGUUCUUCUUCCGAAGCGGGAACAUCGAGCACCCGGAAGAUAAGCUCUUCAACACUUCUGUGGAGGUGCUGCCCUUUGAUAACCCCCAGUCAGAGAAGGAGGCCCUUCAGGAAGGCCGCUCAGCCACUCUCCGGUACCCUAGGAGCCCAGAUGGAUACCUCCAGAUUGGCUCCUUCUACAAGGGUGUAGCUGAAGGAGAAGUGGAUCCUGCCUUUGGCCCCCUGGAAGCACUACGUCUCUCCAUUCAGACUGACUCCCCGGUGUGGGUCAUUUUGAGUGAGAUCUUUCUGAAAAAGGCCGACUAGAAGGCUUCCAAGGGUGCUCUGUGGCCGGCUCUGGAGCCCACGGUUCCGAGGGUGUCGCUGCUACUGCUGCUGCUGCCCCAGAGGACCAGGCAUAUCCACCCCACCUGGAGGGUUCUGCCUGGCAGGCGGCUCGGGCUGGCCUGGGGUUCACCGCUGGCCCGGAGGCCCCAGAAGCUGGUGCUGCUCCUGCCCGCCGGGCCGCGGGAGAGGCAGGCGGCCCCCCACACUGUGCCUGAGGGCCGGCCUGCUGCCGCCCAAAAAGAACUGAACCGAACCGUUUGCCCCUGGCCGGUGGUCUUGAGCCGGGCCGUUAGAAGAGCUUUUUCUUGGGUGCCCGCCGUGUGCGGCGCAAACACUGGAAUGCAUACACUACUUUAUGUGCUGUGUUUUUUAUUCUUGGAUACAUUUGAUUUUUUCACGUAAGUUCGCAUAUACUUCUAUAAGAGCGUGACUUGUAAUAAAGGGUUAAUGAAG